GCGAAGUCGUAAAUAUAUAAAACAUGUACAAACUAGAUUUUUGAUAAAAAAAAACAUGGUGAAGAACUAGUACGAAUAGCAUUAGUAUUAGAAUAUCACUUUUCGAUAGAUGUACUUUGACUUGAAUCAUAAAAAUCGCGACAACGCAAAAAAAAAUGCAAGCUGGUGAUAUACCGAAGGAAUGCAUCGAAGAGCCCCGGUUCAUCAGAGUUUUGGCUGCUUCGUUGUGCUCUGAAAUCGCCGAAACGAAAAUCGUUUUCAAUGAAACAAACAAGGAGAUCCAAGGACUCAAGGCAUUGGUUGUGAAAGGCUGGGAGGAGAGAAAAAUUUUGAAGCAGAGUAUCGAAGAUAUGAGUCAACAGAAGCGAGUCUUGAACGCUGCACUCGACAGUUUGAUGAGAGAGACGAAAAAUCGUUCGAUCGAAAUAAAAAUCGUGAAAAACCGUUUGGACGACGCGACGUUGUGCGAGAUGGAAAAAUGGGACAAAUUUAAGAAAAUAUUACAGAAUUAUCGAGACACGUGGAAAAAGUACAAGGAUGAGUAUGAGAAGCUCCCAUUGGCAGUGAAACGGGAAGAGUGUUCGGUCGAAGUGAAACGAGCGAAGGUUCAACACUUGAUAAUUGAAUACAAAAUGAAAGAUUUGCAAAAAAUGAUUCAACAACGAGAAAAAAUUUUUUCAUUGCAAAUCAAAGCGACUAUUGUUGAGUUUGCUAAGAUGGUGUUGCAACGCUGGAAAGAUGAUGAAUAUCUCAAGAGCCUCCAGUCGAAGAGGACGGAACUGGAAGAACAACUGAAUGCAUACUCGCAACAGUUAUCAGUGGUACAGCGAGAGAUUGAAAUGAAAAAACAGGCUGAACAUGAAGAUGCAGUGAAAAUGCCACCGCCGAAGCUUCAUUUUCCUUUCAUGUGUUCGAUAAUCUAUCCCAACGCCAAUGAAAAAGCAGCAUCGCAGCAUAAUCAAUCAGGAAAUUUUCUAUCGGACGAUCUAGAUACCGCAUCGGUGAAUACGUUAAUGCUGGAGGAAAUGUGUGCCGAAGAUGAGUACGAAGGAAACGAGAAUUCCGAAGAAUUGGUCCAAGUUUUAGCGAAGAAAAGAAAAUGCAACUCCCCUUCAACAACGAUACAAAAACUAGAUGCGAGUUUCCAGACGGUGGAAGAUUCGUGGUAUUCGAAAAAGCGAACAAAGUCGAUAGCUUUAGUCGUGGACCAAAGUACGGAUGAAAUUCGAGACGAACUCGAGAGUCUCGAUAUCGAAAAAAGAAAUAUCGCGCGAUAUAAAAAAGAAUCUUCAAAGCAACCGGAUACUCCGAAAGGAAAUCAGUACAAGAAAAAUGAUGAAAACAACGGGAAGAAUAACAACGGCGAUAUUCAACAAGAUUAUAUUCUUCAAAAAACAACGAACAAGAUUGAAGAAAAAAUGAGGAUCGUUCGGAAUGAUUUUAAAAGUCCUGACGUUUCUCGCUCGGGAAUAAUAUCCGAGUCAAUCGAGAAGGAGAAAGGAGAACAGACGAUUCAUCAUGGCUCGAGAUACCACAACAACGAAGUUCAAAAAGUGCGGACAAGAGGAGAAGAAAGUGAUGAAAAUAUUGGGCUAAUGAUUCAGUCAGUAAACGAGAAAGAAAUGAGUAAUGAGAGGUACAAAGAAGGGCAGGAACGUCAAAAACAUUCAGGCAAAAUGGCACAACCGGGAACUCCAGAGAGCCCAAGCGCCUUGGCUCAUCACACCAAAAACCAUAAUUCUGAAGUUGAAGUUCUGAAACGACGUAGACCAAUUUCGAGUCCACCUUCGAGUAUCAAACCUUCGAUGUCCAGAAAUGCGUUCGAGUUCCCACUCAUGACGAACGACACCGAAAAUAACGAUUCAACCGUUCGGGAAACUCCGAAGAUUCGAAGAAUCGAUACAGUCGAUUAUUCCGAUGCGUUCUUGAAAUCGGUGCAGAAGCUUCCCCCUCAAGGUGACCCCAAAACUCCGGUUCGUCGCAAUCAACCUCCGCCGUCCCCAGCUUCGUACAUGCCCAGCUUCAUCAGCAGUGAAAACCUUUCCAAUAUCGCUGAUUGGUCCAAAAUGUCACGAGGAAUUUUCCCAGAGGAAAUCACGAUGGGUACGGAUUUUCAGACAUUCCAAAACUGGGAAAAUUGGUCACCAAGUCGACAGUUGUCCGAUGUUUCAUAUUCACAAUCCUCGUUCAUCAGCAAAAGUAGACACAACGAUAGUCCAGAGAAGCGAAAGGAACUCGGCUCGCAGAGAGCUAUGACCGAGGAAAAACCGGAUGACAGUUCAGGAAUCAAUAUGUUCUUCAAAACUACGACCCAAAAACCAAGGACCUCAUUUUUGUAAAAACGUCGAUUAAUCCUCGGAUCAUGACAAGAAACUUUUUCGUUUUCUCACAAUUCUUUCAAUCCGAGAAAUUAUUUUUCCCUUUUUCUUGGUCGUUCGGAAAACAACGAAACGCUGCAGACAAGAUAAUUAAAUACAUUUAUUAUUAGGCAGUCUGUAUUACAAUAUCUACUUGCUGCAUAGCAAUUCUCUCCGGUCUUGUGUUUACUUAGUCGUGAGUUACAUUACAAUUAUCAUAAUUAUUAUUAUCGUUUACUGUUAUUAUUAUUAUUAUUAUUAUUACUAUUAUUAGGUAAAGAAUAUUGAUUACAAAACGAAAUGAAGAUUUUUCCAUUCAACGCGAGCUCAGCGGAGCAUUCAUUGUUUACUUGAACAAGAAUUCCGAAGAAUCUUUUUCGUUUAUUUUGUGUUUAGUUUGAAUUUUUGCUUUCUCUCAACAUACGGAAGACAUGAUUCUAGUAAUCGCGACGGCGUUGGUCAUAGCUGUACUCCGACGAUAAAUUAUUUUAAUAACUCUGCUAUUUGGAGACACUUGUUGAAAUAGAAAUCUAUACGCGAAUAUAUUCGCAGUUUACGAGGGUUACAACGAACACGCAAGGUAAAUACUUUCGAGGAAGGACUCCGUAUAGAAAAGUCAGAAAAAGACACGUAUCAAUUUGUUUAAUCUCCAAAAAAAGUAAAAACUCGUACUACAAAAUCGUCAAUAUCCAUUGCCCCUGAUUUUGUAUUGAUCUAAACAACAAUUAUUCGGAUACAUAGAAAGUUAAUAAAAAUCAAUUACACUCAA